AUGGCUCAUGGUCGCUGCCUAGGAAGCGCGUCCAUCUCGUCGGCGGCGAGCAGCGACCACGGCAACCAGACCGUCUCCGAGUUCUUGACGACGAACCUCGACGAAGCGAUUGCAAAAGUCGAGGCGCAUGGGAAGAAGACGAUCGCCAAGUUCCGCAAGGAGGCCAAGAAGGCCCGCGAGAACCUGGAAGCGGCCGUCGACCUGACCGUGCCCGACGACGACGCAGUCGUCGACGACGAGGCCAAGAAGGCACCACCGCGGCGCUACAACGUGACGGUGCAAUGCACGGACGGGUUUUACAAGAACCAGCAGUUCAAGCUGCUCCUGGCCCUGGACACGAACCCUGUCAUCCACAUUGGUCGAUCGUCUGGGAAAAAGUACAAGCUGCCCCACGGGCUCAGCUUGCCGAAAGAUCCCGAAGUCUCGACGACCCACGCCGAGCUGCGGCUCGGAGACGACGGCAAGGUCUACAUCACCGACGUCAACAGCACGAACGGCACAAGCGUCAACGACAACCCGAUCAAGCCGCACAAGCCCAUGUCGCUGCUCUUGACGGCGCCGACGCACCUCUCGAUCGGAAGCAGCGAGCUCACGCUCCACUUCGAGCAGCCAUGA